AUGGAGAAUUUCGAUACAGAAAAACCGACUACCGAAGUAUCGCCCGGUCAAAGUGAGGAAGACGACCUCUUUUUCGAAGUGGACAUCGACGGAUCCAACGAGAAUGACGACUUACCGGCGAAAUCAAGCAGUUUUCUACGGCAGUUAAACCAGUCCUUACAUACAAUGGUUGGCUCAAUCAUAGUAAAGUCGCUGAAACGUCUCCACGAAGACAAGACACCUCCCGCGAAACGAAAGAAACCUCGCCUGGCUACAGAGACAUCUGGACUUGAGGAAGUAGAAGAAAACCAGAGCAGCGACGAAGAUACGCGGGCACUUUGUGGCCCAUCAAAUGCCGACACGGCAGAAAGCUCUCAAACCACUAACGCUGGACUCGAGCAAGACACUGUCACUGACAAUUGCAAUGACUCAUUGCUGUCAGAAAUUGAAAAUGGUUUCUCUCAGGAGGACGAUAUGGGCCCGGCUAUCACAGAGAAACUCGCUACCAUAAUCAAUAAGCGUUGGUCUGAAAAAACUGAGCGAUCAAAAGCUGAAAGAAAAGCGGGAUCAAUACCCCCGCCCAGACAACUGUGA